GCGACGGACCUGGGGAGGGGGAGACGCUCUGUCUGGCUGGCGCCACUCGGGCUGGGCUCACCCUUUUAGGUGACAUACCGGCUCUGAAGUGGACGUGCCCCCCCGGCGCUUCGCCGUGUUUGGGACCCAGACCUCCCUCUCCCCAGAGAAUCUUGACACAGUUUAUUUUCGGUCGGGAUGGAGGGCCCGGGUGACUUCCUUUUUUAAAGAACGGAAACCUGCCGGCACGGUUUCUAGGGAGCAGUAUCUGCUCCUCCUCGCCCCCUGUCCGCCCUGCGGCUGGCUAGAACUCCCUCACGUCCCCGUCUGUGGACUCUGAGACAUGAGGCCACUUCCAGGAGGGCCUUUUAGGCUUAUGAUGCUUUGUGGGAAAUUUCAGUGGAGAUGUCAGUAUUUUGGCACAGAUGUCCAAGAAGUGACAGUGCUGGAGGGAUUUAACUCUACUUGUCUGGCACAGAUCUGCGGUUCCUAAGAUUGCCAAUAGAUCAUUUAAAGCAUGGUUUAUAAAGAAAGUCAAAUCUCAAGGGUAUCCUGCAAGAUGACUUAAAAAGUCUUAACUCAGAGAUGACUGAUUGAACAGUGUGGGAAGGAAGAACAAUAUAUAAAGAAGAAGAAACAGGACUUGCCUCAGCAAGCAAAAGAAACACUGAACAAAGGAGAGGAAACCAACAAAGAUAAUUAUAGAAGCACUGAAUGCAGCAAAACAAGAACAAUGGAUCUCAAGCUCAACCACUCCAGGAAAUAUAUUUCUAUCACUGUCCCUCCCAAAACACAGACAAUGUCACCACACAUCAAGUCAAUAGAUGACAUCGUAGUACUUGGCAUAAAUCUCAGCAGAUUUAACAAACUUACUCAGUUUUUCAUAUGUGUUGCUGGAGUUUUUGUAUUUUACCUAAUUUAUGGAUAUUUACAGGAAUUAAUAUUUUCAAUGGAGGGUUUUAAGUCCUAUGGCUGGUACCUUACUUUAGUACAGUUUGCAUUUUACUCCAUAUUUGGCCUAAUAGAACUUCAGCUUAUUCAGGACAAAAGGAGAAGAAUACCAGGAAAAACCUACAUGAUAAUAGCUUUUCUAACUGUGGGUACUAUGGGGUUAUCAAAUACUUCCUUGGGCUACCUGAAUUAUCCUACCCAAGUCAUCUUCAAGUGCUGCAAAUUGAUUCCUGUUAUGCUAGGAGGAGUUUUUAUUCAAGGGAAGCGUUAUAACAUUGCAGAUGUGUCAGCUGCAGUGUGUAUGAGCCUUGGUCUGAUAUGGUUCACCCUAGCUGACAGCACGAUUGCACCAAAUUUCAACCUGACAGGUGUGAUCCUUAUUUCCCUGGCACUGUGUGCAGAUGCUGUCAUAGGAAAUGUUCAAGAGAAAGCUAUGAAACUGCAUAAUGCUUCUAAUUCGGAAAUGGUUUUAUAUUCGUAUUCAAUCGGUUUUGUGUACAUUUUAUUGGGAUUGACAUGCACUAGUGGAUUAGGCCCUGCAGUAACAUUUUGUUCAAAGAAUCCAAUUCAGACUUACGGUUAUGCUUUCCUUUUUUCCCUCACUGGGUAUUUUGGAAUCUCCUUUGUUCUGGCUCUGAUUAAAAUUUUCGGUGCACUUCUUGCGGUAACAGUGACAACAGGAAGAAAAGCCAUGACCAUUGUACUUUCAUUUAUGUUCUUUGCUAAACCAUUCACGUUUCAGUACGUGUGGUCUGGUUUGUUAGUUGUCCUUGGUAUAUUUCUCAAUGUUUACAGCAAAAAUAUGGAUAAAAUAAGGCUACCAUCACUAUAUGAUCUGAUAAACAAAACAGUGGAAAUAAGAAAGUCAAGGACGUUGGCACAAACUGUAUAGGCAGUGAUUCCUCCUGCUUAACGUAGAAUUCUAAGGGAACGAUCAUCAAAUAAUUAAUUUUCCAAAGGGAUUAUUAUAAAAACCAAAGGAGCUGAAAGGCAUGCUAUCCAUUUGUGGAUGGAUGGGUCACCUAUGAAGUCAGCCUCUUCCGCAGAUCACUUGUUUAACUUCUGAAGCAAUUAAGAGAGCCACAUCGGCCACACCUUAGAACACACUGUCAGUGAAGGACUAAUUCUUAGCAGUCUGUUGAGAAUUUCACUGGAAAAUGGACCGUGUUGCAAAACUAACUGGAUAUCAUGAUGACUUUUCAAAGAAAUUGAUAUAAUAAUAUCAAUUAAUCGAUUGUUUGGUCUUCAUUUUGGUGGUGUUAUUUAAAUGAUUCUCUGUUAUAAGAGUGAACAUAGGAUUUAAAGUCUAGAAAGAAUAACUUCAUUAUAAAUAAAAAUUAUUCUGUGAUUUUUUUAAUAAA